AUGGCCGGCAAGAAGGCUCAGAAAUCCACCCCCACCAAGAUGUCUAAGGACAAGAAGACGGCUCCUGCCCCUCCUGCGCCCCUCGUCGCCGCAAUUUCCUCCUUUUUGUCUGAGAAUGGACUGUCGAAGACCCACGAGGCUCUCGCCAAAGAGUUGAGCAGCAAGUCCAUCAGUGCCGAUACCAAGAACGUGCCUUCUUUGUUGGAGCUUUUCAAGACCUGGGAGCAGUCCCAGUCUUCCAAGUCCGACAGCUCGGAUGAGUCUAGCUCCUCUUCUUCAGACAGCGACAGCAGCUCGGACGACUCCAGUGAUUCCGAUGUUGAGAUGGAUGAUGCCCCGAAGACGCAGAAGAAGCAGUCCAGAAGCUCUUCACCCUCUUCUUCUUCUUCUUCUUCCUCGUCCGAUUCCGACAGCGAUGCGGAUGACGAGAAGGAGGAAGGGGUUGCUGCUGCCCCUGCCUCCAAGUCCCAAGGCACCAAGCGCAAGGCCGAAUCUAGCUCUUCCGAAUCCGAGUCUGAGUCCGAGGCGGAGGAGGCUCCCAAGUCCAAGAAGACCAAGCUCUCUUCUGCUGAGGCCUCAUCCUCCUCCGAUUCCGAGUCUGAUUCUUCUGACUCAUCCUCUUCAUCUUCUUCUUCCGAGUCUGAGUCGUCAUCUUCCAGCGAAGACGAAAGUUCUUCCGAGUCUGAAUCCGAGUCCGACUCUGAUUCCUCCAGUGAUGAGGAGGAGACGGCCAAGCCUGAAAUGAAGGAGAAGAAGACCACCUCGGCCUCUAGCUCUUCUUCCUCCGACUCUUCUUCCUCCGAUUCUGAAUCCUCUUCCGAAGAAGAGAGCGGGAAAGCCACUCCUAACUCCGAGAGUAGCGAGACCGUCGAGAACUCCGAAUCUGACUCGAAGAAGGCGGCACCCGUUGCUAAAGUGAGCCAGACUCCCUCUGCCAGCGCCAGCCCUGCCCCUGGCAACGACUAUCCUAAGAAAAAGCACACCGGUGCCCGCCCCACGCCCUUGGCUCUCCUUAGCGAGCAGCCUUACGACCACCACCCGUCUAACGAGUACAUCCCCUACGCGUACGCUGAGAAGGCCUGGGCGGAUCUGUCCGUCACCCGCGGCAAGGGUUUCACGAAGGAGAAGAACAAGAAGAAGCGUGGAUCUUACCGUGGCGGUCCCAUUGACAUCUCUGGCGGCAAGUCAUUCAAGUUCGAUGACUAG